UCCAUCCCAGCUUGGGCUGGAUGAGCCCGGAAUCCUUUUCCACCCUCACUAACUGCCCGGUUCCGCCGUCUCUCCCCCAGGAUGCUCCACCAGAAAGGCGGCACCGACCAGGACCCGUGCCAGCCCUCCUCGGGCCACCAGGGCUGGACACGGCCCAGCUCCAGCAGCGCCACCCCCGAGAGCUGCCACCACCCCGGCAGCCUCAGCCACGACACCGAGGGCUCCUGCCAGAGCCCACCCCAGGCCUGCCCGCCGCAGCCCGGCUGCUGCCCGGCCCCGCAGAGCUGCAAGCCCCGGCGGCGGGUGGAGGUGAGCCCGGUGCCCCCCGUGUGCCCCCCGCCCGUGAAAAUCCACCGCCGGCCGCUGGAGCAGCACCGCCCGUGCCCGCCCUGCCCGGAGCCCCAUUCCUGCGGGAAGCCUCGCCGGAGAGUGGAGCAGAGUCCCGAGCGCGAUGAGGAGCCCCCGGUGGUCCUGCAGCCCCUGCCUCUGCAGCAUCGCUGCCCCCGGCCCCUGCCCUGCUGCCCCCGGCCCCUGCCCUGCUGCCCCCGGCCCCUGCCCUGCUGCCCCCGGCCCGUCCAGCGCUGCUGCCCGGCCGCUGUCCCCCUGCCACCGCAUCCCGGCCACCAGCAGCAGAAGCAGCUCGCCCUGGUGCCGCUCUGCGUGAAGAACUGAGCCCGGGACCCCUCCCCAGCUCCUGCCGCUGCUGCCUGGGUUCGCCCCCGGCCCAAAGGAUGUUCCCACCUCCGCUCCGGGCUCGUUGCUGCUCUUUGCACAUCAGAUUUGGGGUGCCCUGCUCGGCCCCAGCACCGACACUUUAAAUUCCCGGGUUUUGUUUUUCCCUGGGGAGCAGCGGCGGGGUGUUCCCCCUCCCGAGGGGCACCCGGGGAUGGAGGAACCGCCACGGGUUUGCCUUCUGCGGUUUCAAGGCUGUUUGAAAGCAGCUCCAGGACUUCUCGGGGGGAAAAGGAACCACUGUGACGCCGGGAGCAUCACGGACUCCCGCAAUUCUACCCCUUCCCCGCUUA